GAUGGUCUCAGGAAGCAGGUCUUCCAUUGUGACAAGUGCGGCAUUUGUCGAGUGGGAGGUCGAGACAAUUAUUUUCACUGCGACGCGUGUGGCAGCUGCUACCCAGCGGAGAUCAAAGACUCGCACCGCUGCGUGGAGAACGCCAUGCGCCGCAACUGCCCCGUCUGCCUGCAGGAUCUCUUCCAGUCUGUGACCCAAGUCACCAUACUUCAGUGCGGACACACCAUUCACCAGGACUGCCUCCGAAAGCUUCAGCAGUCCUUCGCAGGGCUCCAAUCCUUGCGGUGCCCCAUGUGCAGCGUUUCAUUUUUUGGCUACGAUGAUCUUUGGCACGAGAUGGACCGACAAAUCGAAGAGACUCCGAUGCCCUUGGAGUGCAGGCACCAGACUGGGAUCAUUUGUAACGACUGCAAGCAGACUUCCUCGGUGGAAUUUCACAUCCUGGGGCAAAAGUGUCCAACUUGCAGGCACGGAAGAACUUCAGAAUUGGCAGGUCUUACAACACCAGGCGAGUCUGACUCACUUCAAAUCGUUUUGGUCGUGUCGGUGACCGUCGGUGACAAUUUCGGCAGGGCCUUGAAGAAGUUUCAUCUCCGAUCUGCAGAUUCCGCCAGGUUGGUAGCAAGUGGCCGUGCAUCCCUUGCACGAGGGGCUGCGGAAUCCAGGACAGAUGCUGAGAGGCUUGGCGAUCGAGGACGAAAGCGCGAAGAUCGCGGCGUCCGCGAAGCCUCGACUGCGACGCCGAGUUCAGGUUUCGGGGUGCCGAGUCUCAACCGAUCAGCCCGAGGGCCCUGUGGCCCUGGUGGACCUGGUGGACCUGGUGGACCUUGUGGACCUUGUGGCUGUGCACCGCUUUCGGCACAGCUGUCCCACCGCUCCCGUGCCGCGGCUGCACCGGCCGCACCUGCGGUGCGCCGUGUGGACCGCACCAUGACCGCCGACACGUCCACCACGGACACCCAAAACGACGAAGACUUUGCCCUGGCGCUGCUGGAGCAGGACCUUCAAGAGGCUGAGGCAGGGGCCCGGGAACGCGAAGCUCGCGCACGGCGUCGUGCCAAUCGCAGGUCCUUGGAAGAGGAUGAACUUUUGGCCAUGAUGCUCGCGAUCACUCAGGUGCAGGCCGAUGAGCAGCAGCUGCAGGAAGCUUUAGAUGUGAGCCAGAGACCCCAUGAGGUCACCGAUUCGCAGUUGGAGCAGAUUCAGCGCAAGUCUCUGCUGGAAUCCAUUCGCGCCCAACUGCCGGUGACGCGUUGGGCCAAGGAUUCGCAGGGGGAAUGUGCUCUGUGUCUUGACGAGUACUCCGCUGGCGACUGCGUGACGAGGUUGACGUGCUUCCACGCCUUCCACAAGUCGUGCCUGGAUCCUUGGCUCGACAAGAGCCCCACUUGCAGCCUGGUGCAGCUAGUGCAGUGUUUUGAAGCUGUGUGGCUCAACACCUUCCUGGGUGAGCUGGAUCAGGCUGCAGCCUGCUCUCAGGAGAUGAAGGAGACCUCUACCUAUUUGAAGAACCGGGCCAGCGUCCUUUUCGGACGUCCCAGUUUUCAUGGACGACACCCACAAGCAGCUGCGACUUCGGAAGCUUCGUGCUUCGAUGCUUGCUUCAAGAUGGUCCUGGGCUAUCCGAGCGUGAGCAACAAGACGACGGUCAGCACGUAUUACCCAGAGAAAAAGGCCUUGGGUCCUUUGCCUCCACCGCGGCAAUGGGCCGAGCUGGCACCAGAGAAGAAGGGUGGGAUCCAAGUAGAGGUGGCGUCGCAUGCGAAGGAGACGCCCAAGGGAUGGAUCAAUCAGGACUCGGCCAUGGCUGUGCUACCAGCUGGUUGCUCUGAGAACGGCGACGGGGCGCUCUUUUUGUUCGGCGUCUUCGACGGGCACGGCCGCCUGGGCCACGACGCCUCGGUGCUCGCGGCCACGCGGAUGCCUGGCCAUUUGAGUAACCAACCAGUGCAUCCGGCACAAAACCCGGGCAAAGCUUUGGAGGGGGCUUUCAAGAACACCGACGAUGACAUCUUCGCCAACAUGGGCUCUGAUGUAGAGUACAGUGGUUCCACGGGGGUGGUGGUCAUGUUGGAUCAAGGCAAAAAGUUGCUGACGAUGGCCAACGUCGGCGACUCUCGAGUGGUGCUCGGCCGCUUCGAUGGCUCAACUUGGAGCGCCAUGCCGCUGACCACGGAUCUGAAGCCCGAUCUCCCGGAGGAACGGGAACGCAUCGAACUCACCGGAGGAACAGUUAGUCAGUACCGUGAUGAAUGCGGAGUGGAGGCUGGUCCAUUCCGAGUUUGGGAUGGGCCUGCCUGUGAGAAGCCCGGUUUGGCCGUGUCUCGUAGCUUGGGAGAUGGCGCAGCCAGAGCUUUGGGCGUCACCGCCGUGCCAGUGGUCUCCAAGCAUCAUUUGACGCCUCAGGACAAGUUCCUCAUCAUUGCAACAGAUGGCUUGUGGGAUUCCAUUCCCAACAACGAGGUGGUUCGGGUGGUGGCGAAGUUUCAAAACAUGCUCCCCAUCGCUCUGAAGGCUUUGACGGAGGCUGUGCGUCGUGCAGAAGGUGAUGAACUCACCGAUGAUACCACGAUCCUCCUCAUCCGCUUUCCAGACCCAUGGCCGUGACAUGCCGUGACCGUGGAUAGCGCGCCUGCUGUACAGCGAUCACUGUCACUGUUUGCAUUUGUUUGCACUGCAAACAGCACCUAAGUUAUCCAAGUUAUUCGAAAAGUUCCGUUUCAUAUUUCAAAAACUCUGGACUGAGCUUAUCUGAGCUCCUGCCUGGAGUAGCAUCUGAUUUCGCAUGAAUUUGCUUAUGAUCUUCCCUUUCAGCCGCGCCAAGUUUUGAAGCUUUUCCUCCAUCUCGGGGAACUUCUGACCUUGUGUGGAGACCUUGUGUCAGAGAUUUCGU